AUGCCUGUUCGCAGAGCAGGAGAAGCGCAUCGCGCAUUGGAACAACUUGAAGAGUAUCACGCUUCACUGGUAAGUGCUAGUUCGGCUGAUUUAAGACGACAAAUCGAAAAACUUAUCAACAACUUCAAAGGAGCCCUUUUUCAAUCGUUAAUAGAUAUCCAAGAGUUGUAUGAAGAUACAUUGUUGAAUGAACGGAAAAGUCUCGAGCAAAAGGCAUAUGAAACACGGAAAAUUGCUCAACGUUGGGAAACAAAUCCACCAUUUGGACGUAUUAAUGCACCGCUUGCUUCACUUGAUUCUGGUCUUCAUUACAGUGAUCAAACUAUUCCGUACACAAAUGGAGGUGAAUAUAACGUGCAGUCGUAUUCAUUACGUGAGCAGAGAAAGCAGUUUACUUCGGGUGAUGGCUGGCGAUCCACAGAAAGAAUUACUCAAAUGAUUCCUACGGGCCAAUUAGUCACAACAACUACGAAUGGCUUGAUUGAUGAGGAUGGCAUAGAAUGGGAAAUUGAGGAAGUUGUUCUCGAAAAGGGUCAUACCGGACUUGGUUUUAGUAUUGCGGGUGGCCUUGAUCAGCCGUACAUUGAUGGAGAUCCUUCAAUCUAUGUUACAAAUAUCAUACCUGGUGGAGCUGCAGCUGCUGAUGGACGAAUGAAAAUUCAAGACAUUAUUAUGAAAGUAAACACCACCGAUUGUACACGGGUACCACAUGAAACAACGGUCAAUGCGUUGAAAAAUGCAGGAAAUGUUGUCCGUUUGGUUAGCUUUUAUCACUUAUUGGGAAGCAUUAUAUCACCGUACAUUUCACCCUUGCAUGGUGGAUCAUCUGUAUCAGUUCUACCGCCACCAGUUCCACCAGCUCACGGUUCUUAUACCAAUAUUCCUAUUCAGCGGACAUUACGUGAAAUCGAAAGAUUGGAACGAAUUCCUGGUGCCCAAAAAAUUGAAUUGUUCAAGGGUUCGAAGGGACUUGGCUUCAGCAUAGCUGGUGGAGUAGGCAAUGAGCAUGUGGCCGGUGACACUGGCAUUUAUGUGACAAAGAUUAUUGAUGGUGGAGCAGCAUAUCAUGAUGGUCGUUUGAGAGUUGGCGACAAACUUUUAGCUGUUGAUGAUGUAAUUCUGGAAAAUGUUACUCAUGAUUUUGCUGUGAAUACGUUGAAACAGACGGCUCCUAAAGUAAUGCUGGUCUAUUUAAAAAACCCGCAUCCAGAGCUAUUACCAAUUUUUGAUGAAAGUGGUAAUCGUUCAUUUAUUGCUCCACCCACUCCUGCUCGUUCCGCUGCUUCGCUACAGCACGAUUCAUUUGAUACGCAACAAUCAUUUCAUACAAUAGCACAGCAAGAACUACCGUUAGGUCCACGUGUCGUGCACCUUAAUCGUGGAAUGCAAGGAUUAGGUUUUAACAUCGUUGGUGGGGAAGAUGGUGAACCGAUUUAUAUCAGCUAUGUUUUGCCUGGUGGUGUGGCUGAUCUUUCUGGGAAUGUAAGAAAGGGUGAUGUGUUAUUGCAAGUAAACGGUGUCAAUUUGCGAAAUGCAACCCAUGCUGAAGCAGCUCGUGCAUUAAAGGAAGCUAUUAAUCCUGUGUCCUUAACGUUACAAUAUCGACCACAAGAGUAUGGACAAUUUGAGGCUAAAAUUGAGCAACUUCGUCGAGAUUUGAUGAGCGGUGGGGCGGUAACUUUUGGUCCUUCACGUAAAGAGCUUUUCGUCAGAGCCAUGUUUGACUACGAUCCAGCACGUGAGGCAGGUGUUCCACAUCGUGCUUUACCUUUCUUUUAUGGUGAUAUUUUACAUGUUACGAACGUUGCGGACGAUGACUGGUGGACAGCACGAUUAGUUACAGAAAGCGGUGAAGAGGGUAUGGAAGGGAUUAUUCCAUCCAAGAAGAGAGUUGAAAAGAAGGAACGGCAACGGAGAAAACAGGUGAAUUUUAAUGCUGGUAGUCAAAGUCUUCCUCGUGGUAUGGAUGGACGUCGUGGUUCACGUUCACAGCUGUCAUUCUCGCGUAAAUUCCCAUUCGUUAAGAGUACCGAUAAGCUUAACGAAUUUACUGAUAAUGAGCUUGGUGCAAGUGAAGAUCCGAUCAUGUCAUAUGUCACAGUGGAACGUCAACAAAUAAAUUACCCACGUCCAGUUAUUAUUCUUGGAGCAAUGAAAGAUCGUAUCAAUGAUGAACUGGUACUUCGUGAUCGAGAUCGAUUUAGUAGUUGCGUCCCGCAUACGAGCAGACCUCCGAAACCGAAUGAAGUAGAUGGCCGUGAUUAUCAUUUUGUUUCAAAAGAACAAAUGCAAGAAGAUGUUCGAAAUAAUCAGUUUAUCGAAGCAGGACAAUUUCAAGAUAAUCUUUAUGGCACGAGCAUUAAUUCCGUUCGUGAAGUUGCAGAAAUGGGCCGACAUUGUAUUCUCGAUGUAAGUGGGAAUGCUAUCCGUAGAUUGCAAUCUAUUGCUAACAUAUACCCAAUAGCAGUCUUCGUGAAACCGCAGUCACCUCAUCAAAUUAUGGAAUGGGAUCAUUCGAUAAAUGAAGAUGAUGCUCAUACUGUAUAUCAGCGAUGUCAGAGAACGGAACAAAACUUUGGAGAUUUGUUCACUGCUGUUGUAAGUGGUCAAACAUUCGAAGAUCUCGUACGUCGUGUCCUAAACGUUAUUGCGGAGCAGUCACGACCGCAUGCUUGGGUGCCAUCACGAGCACAAGUUUUUUAA